AUGAGGUCCUGGCAUGGUGCCAGCUACAUCACCCAUGAGGUCCUGGCAUGGUGCAGCUACAUCACCCAUGAGGUCCUGCCAUGGUGCAGCAACAUCACCCAUCAGGUCCUGGCAUGGUGCAGCUACAUCACCCAUGAGGUGAUGUACCUGCAGCAGGGGGAGCUGAGCAGAGACAAGGUGUUUCCUAUGCACCCCACCAGUAUUAAUGGAGUAGAGGACAUGUCUACUCUGGCAGAACUACAUGAAGCUGCCAUCAUGUACAACCUUUACCUGCGCUACCAGAAGGACUGCAUCUAUACCAACAUAGGGUCAAUCCUGGCAGCUGUGAACCCCUACAAGCAGAUCCCAGGUCUGUAUGACCCAGCAGCAGUAGACCUGUAUAGUAGACACCACCUGGGAGAGCUGCCCCCUCAUAUCUUCGCUGUGGCCAACGAGUGUUACCGCUGUCUCUGGAAGAGACACGACAGUCAGUGUGUUCUCAUCAGCCCCAUCAUGGAGGCGUUUGGGAAUGCCAAGACGGUGUACAACAACAACUCUUCCCGCUUUGGGAAGUUUAUCCAGCUCCACUUCUCCCAGAGUGGGAACAUCCAGGGAGGCUGUAUCAUCGACUAUUUACUUGAAAAGAACCGUGUGGUGAGGCAGAACCCUGGAGAGAGGAACUAUCAUAUCUUCUAUGCUCUGCUGGCCGGGGCAGACAAGAACCACAGAGAGUUGUACUUCCUGUCUGAGGGCCCAGAGGCAUACCACUACCUGAGUCAGUCUGGCUGUGUGAAGGACAGGAGUCUCGAUGACCUGCAGCUCUAUGACAGUGUUAUGGAGGCUCUAAAGGUGAUGCAGUUCAGUGACGAGGAGAUACGUGACGUCCUCAAGCUGCUGUCUGCUGUUCUCCUGAUGGGGAACAUAGAGUUCAUGACCGCAGGAGGAGCACAGGUCACAUCCAAAGGAGUGGUCAGUAAUGUCAGUGAUCUGCUGGGCCUGGACUCGUUCCAGCUGUCUGAGGUUCUGACCCAAAGGUCCAUGAUCCUGAGAGGAGAGGAGAUCUGUUCACCCCUCACUGUGGAACAGGCGGUGGACUCUCGGGACUCGGUUGCCAUGGCGUUGUACGCCCAGUCUUUCUCCUGGAUUAUCACACGGAUCAACCAGAAGGUCAGAGGGAAGGACAACUUCAAGUCCAUCGGCAUCCUCGACAUUUUCGGCUUCGAGAACUUUGAGGUGAACAGGUUUGAACAGUUCAACAUCAACUACGCCAACGAGAAGCUCCAGGAAUACUUCAACAAACACAUCUUCUCCCUGGAACAGCUGGAGUACAACAGAGAGGGGAUCCUGUGGGAAGCUAUAGACUGGAAGGAGAAUGCAGAGUGUCUGGACCUCAUCGAGAAGAAACUGGGCAUGUUGGCUCUGAUCAACGAGGAGAGUCGCUUCCCUAAAGGCACCGACUACACCCUGCUAGAGAAACUACACAGUAGACACGCUACUAACCAGUACUACAUGAAGCCCAGAGUGACUGAUCACCAGUUUGGCAUCAAGCAUUAUGCUGGAGAGGUUCUGUAUGAUGUCAGAGGGAUCCUGCAGAAGAACAGAGACACCUUCAGAGAUGACAUCUUAAACAUGCUUAAAGACAGCAGGUUUGACUUCAUCUAUGACCUGUUUGAGCGUGUCGGGAGCAGGAACGGAGAGGAGACCCUGAAGAUGGGGACGGCCAGACGCAAACCCACCGUCAGCUCUCAGUUCAGGGACUCUCUCCAUUCCUUGAUGAACACUCUGAGUGCCUCCAACCCUUUCUUUGUGCGCUGCAUCAAACCCAACAUGAACAAGAACGCCAACAUGUUUGACCCAGAAGUGGUCCUGAACCAGCUGAGGUAUUCUGGGAUGUUGGAGACCGUGAAGAUCCGCAGGGCUGGGUUCCCUGUCCGCAGGACCUUCACAGACUUCUACAGCAGGUACAUGAUGAAAGACAACCUUCCGACAGAUGACCCGAGAGGGAGGUGUACAGAGCUGCUGAUGUCAUACGACCCUGCCAAGAGAGACUGGCAGCUGGGGAAGACUAAGGUGUUCCUGAAGGAAGAGCUGGAACACCGGCUGGAGAAGGAGAGGGAAGAGGUGCGGAGACAGGCGGGCAUGGUGAUCCGGGCACACAUACUCAGCUAUGUGGCAAGGAAGCACUAUAGGAGGGUCCUGACCAGCACCAUCACCAUCCAGAAGAACUACAGGGCUUACUUCUGGAGACGCGUGUUCCUGCGGCUCCGUGCUGCAGCUGUCCUUCUCCAGAAACACCAACGUGGUCGGCUGGCCCGAAGCCUCUAUCGACAGCUCUCUGAGGAGAAAAGGAGGAGGGAGGAGGAGGAGAGAAGGCAGAGGGAGGAGGAGGAGAGGAGGAGUAGGGAGGAGGAGAGCAGGAGGCUGGAAGAGGAGACGAGACGAGAGCAGGAGGAACGGAGGAGGAGGGAGGAAGAGGAGGAGGAGCGGAGGAGGAGAGAGGAAGAGGAGCGGAGAAGGAGAGAGGAAGAGGAGGAGAGACAAAGGGUGUUAGAGCUGGAGGAGUUGAGGAUGAAGGAGGAGAGACUGAGACUACAACAGGAGCAUGAAACACUGAGUAGAAAAGAGGAGGAGCUUAGCAACGGACAGGAAGAGAAGAAAAACACUACAGCUAACAACAGGAACUCCCUGAGGAUGGAGUAUCUUGCUCCCCAUGAGGAGGUGUACCACAAGGAGGUGUCCCUGUCCCACUCCCUGCACCCCCACACCUCAGAGGAGGAGUCCCGUCAGAUGGAGGAGAUCCUUCGACUGGAGAAGGAGAUUGAGAGGCUGCAGCGCCAGAAGGAGGACGGGGUGUCCAUGUUAGGGGACGGCCUUGGAGGGAACGGGGAGGAGCUCCGGCAGAGGAGGGACGCAGAGAUCUACCGGCUGGAGAAGGAGGCGUCUCGCGUGGCCACAGAGUUCCUGGAGCUCCUGGACUUUGGGGGUCUGGAACAGAGUCUGUCCAGCGAGGAGAAUCUCCACGACCCCUCAGAGAGCGCCGCUCCCCUGGCCCGGGCCGAGGAGGAGGUGGAGGAGGUGGAUGAGGGCUUCCAUGCCAAGGAGGAGUGUCCCGGUAGUGGUAUCCCCCUUCCUGACUUCCCUCUCCCUGCGGAGAUCCCUCUGGACCAGGAGCUCUUCUCCUCCCUCCCUCCUCCUCCUCCGGCCUUCGCAGAGGGACUAGUAGCACAGGCCCUGGCCCUCUCACAGGCCCCGUGUUGCCCCCCUGUUUACUACCCCCUCACCUCCUAUGGAUCUAGUGUCCCUACACACCACCCUGCUCCACCUCCUCUCCCUGCCCUCACCACCGGAGGAGGUAAAGCUUUGUGCCACCAACCCACCAGGAGAACAGAGGUGGCUCCAGACAUCAACAGAGUACCCAGAAGAUUCGAGGUUAUACCCAACAGACCCUGCGCCAGGGUAGACGUUAUGCCCACCACAGUCCCUGAGGCUAUGCCAGUGAAAAGAGGAGACGUGGCUCCCUCUAGGGUAGACUUUAUGCCCACUGUGCCUGUCCCAGGAGCCAGGGAGGAGAUCUCCUUUAGCAUCCUACCAGACACAGAGUCAGACUGUGACCAGGAGGAGUUUGAGGAGGUGCAGGGGAGUACAGGCUCGGGAGAUGGAGCCAGUAUCACGGACGGACAUGCUACUGAUGAGGAGGUGCUGAGGAAAUCAUCCUGUACUCAGAACAGCCUGGACUCCUUCAGAGGCAGCUCAGACUCUUUUAUCGACAGUGACACAAGCACCGAUGGUUAUGUGGACACAGACGAGGAGGUGUCCAAUGGAAGGGUCAAUAUACUGAACGGCUCUGGACCUCCAUACUUCCACAGCUACCUCUACAUGAAGGGUGGACUGAUGAUCCCGUGGCGACGGAGGUGGUGUGUGUUGAAGGACGAAACCUUCAUGUGGUUCAGGGCUAAGCAGGACAGUCUGAAGAGUGGCUGGCUGUAUAAGAAGGGAGGUGGCAUGUCUACUCUGUCCAGACGGAACUGGAAGCUGCGCUGGUUCGUACUGAGAGACGAUAAACUCAUGUACUUUGAGAGCGACAGCGAGGAGAAACUGAGGGGGACCAUCGACAUCCGCUCCGCCAAGGACAUAGUAGAUAACCAUGCCAAGGAGAAUUCUCUGAACAUUGUGACUGAAGAGAGAACCUACCACAUCUACGCAGAGACUCCUGAAGAUGCCAGUGGCUGGUUCAACGUGCUGAGUCGUGUCCAGAGUGCCAGUCCAGACCAGCUGAUGGAGAUACAUCAUGAGCAGGCCAACCCCAAGAACGCUGUGGGAACUGUGGAUGUUGGACUGAUCGACUCUGUGUGCGCGUCAGACAAUCCUGACAGACCCAACUCGUUUGUCAUCAUCACUGCUAACCGUGUGAUCCACUGCAACACUGAGAUGCCUGAAGAGAUGCACCACUGGAUCGGCCUGCUGCAGAAACCUAAAGGAGACGCCAGGAUAGACGGACAGGACUUCCUGGUCAGAGGUUGGCUUCACAAGGAGAUAAGGGCUAAGAGCACUAGUCUGAAGCUGAAGAAGAGAUGGUUUGUAUUGACCUCUAACUCUCUGGACUACUACAAGUCUUCAGAGCGCAGUGUGUCCAAGCUGGGGACCCUGGUCCUCAACAGUCUCUGCUCUGUGGUCCAGCCCGACGAGAAGGUCUUCAAGGACACCGGUUACUGGAGCAUCAUUGUCCACGGCCGUAAACACUCGUACCACCUCUACACAAAACUACUGAACGAGGCUAUGCGCUGGGCGUCGGCCAUACAGGGGGCUGUCGACAGCAAGGUUCCCAUAGAGACACCCACACAGCAACUCAUCAGGGACAUCAAGGAGAGCAGUAUGAACGUGGAGGCUGUAGAACAGACAUAUUGGAGGAACCCUAUCCUCAGAUAUACCCAGCACCCCCUCCACUCCCCCCUGCUGCCUCUGCCUUACGGGGAGGUCAACAUCCACCUCCAAAAGGAGAAGGGCUAUGCCAGCCUGCAGGAUGAGGCAGUGAAGAUCUUCAACUCUCUACAGGAGAUGGAGGCUGUGUCUGAUCCGGUCCCGAUCAUCCAGGGCAUCCUCCAGACCUGCCACGACCUGCGCCUGCUCCGAGACGAGGUCUACUGUCAGCUCAUCAAGCAGACCAAUCACGUGCCUCAGCCCAACAGCUCGGCCAAUCGUUCCCACUGGCACCUCCUCACCUGUAUGAGCUGUACCUUCCUGCCCAGCCGGGGCAUCCUGCGUUACCUCAAGUUCCACCUCAAAAGGGUGAAGGAGCAGUUUCCUGGAACAGAGGUGGACAUGUUUGCUCAUUUCAUAGGUGAGUCUCUGAAGAGGACCAAGGUCAGGGACUUUGUACCGUCUCAGGAGGAGAUCGUAGCCUUACUGACCAGGCAGGAAAUGACGACUACGGUCUACUGCCACGGAGGAGGAUCCUGCAAGAUCUCCAUCAACUCACACACCACCGCUGGAGAGGUGGUGAGGUUUAGUCAGAUGCAGAGUCCCUCUGUCCUGCCUGUCCCCAGGUUUGAGAGGCUGUCAGGCAGUGAGGAAGUAGAGGAGGAGGGACAGUGGAAGCUCUACUUCAAACUCUACUGUUUCCUGGAUGUAGAGAGCAUGCCCAAGGAAGGGGUGGAGUUCGCUUUCAUGUUCGAACAGGCUCAUGAGUCUCUGACCAGCGGUCACCUCCCGGCCCCAGAAGACACCCUGCAGCACCUGGCCGCUCUCAGGCUCCAGUUCCUCCACGGAGACAAGGCCCGGGUCAGCUGGUCUCUGGACACCGUCUACCCUGUAGGGAGGCUCCGCGCACGCAUCCUGCACUUCACCAAGGUGGGCGCGGCCGGCGGGACAGGGCCAGGGGGCCACACCCUGGAGCGGAGGCGGACCAGCUUCCUGGACGGGACCCUGCGCCGCAGCGGGCUGAAGACGGGCUCCAUGAAGAAACAGAAGAUGGAGGAGGAUCAGAUGCUAGAGAUGUGGGUGAAGGAGGAGACCUCAGCCACCAGAACCUCCAUCUUAGAGAAAUGGUCCCGUCUCCAGGGACUGGACCAGCACACAGCCAUGCUCAAAUACAUGAACAUCAUCAAGGAGUGGCCUGGAUAUGGGUCCACACUGUUCGACGUGGAGUGUAAAGAAGGAGGCUUUCCUCAUGACCUGUGGCUGAGUGUGAGUGCAGAGAACGUGUCGGUCUACAAGAGAGGAGAACCCAAACCUCUGGAGACGUUCCCCUACGAACACAUCAUCUUCUUCGGAUCUCCCCAGGCCACGACUUAUAAAAUCACAGUGGACGACAGAGAGAUGUUCUUUGAGACACCUCUGGUUGGAGAGAUCACCAAGAUCAUGAAAGCCUACAUCAACAUGAUAGUGAAGAAGAGAUGCAGUGUCAGAUCUGUGUCCAGCUACGGAACCAACUGGAUCAGGUGAUUAGGGACAGGACAGGACACAGCCCAGCUUGCUUCCCACUGCCCCAGGCUAACAGGACAGGACACAGCCCAGCUUGCUUCCCACCGCCCCAGGCUAACAGGACAGGACACAGCCCAGCUUGCUUCCCACUGCUCCAGGCUAACAGGACAGGACACAGACCAGUUGACCUCCCACUGCCCCAGGCUAACAGGACAGGACACAGACCAGUUGACCUCCCACUGCCCCAGGCUAACAGGACAGGACACAGCCCAGCUUGCUUCCCACCGCCCCAGGCUAACAGGACAGGACACAGACCAGUUGACCUCCCACUGCCCCAGGCUAACAGGACCGGACACAGCCCAGCUUGCUUCCCACUGCCCCAGGCUAACAGGACAGGACACAGCCCAGCUUGCUUCCCACCGCCCCAGGCUAACAGGACAGGACACAGCCCAGCUUGCUUCCCACUGCUCCAGGCUAACAGGACAGGACACAGACCAGUUGACCUCCCACUGCCCCAGGCUAACAGGACAGGACACAGACCAGUUGACCUCCCACUGCCCCAGGCUAACAGGACAGGACACAGCCCAGCUUGCUUCCCACCGCCCCAGGCUAACAGGACAGGACACAGACCAGUUGACCUCCCACUGCCCCAGGCUAACAGGACAGGACACAGACCAGUUGACCUCCCACUGCCCCAGGCUAACAGGACAGGACACAGACCAGUUGACCUCCCACUGCCCCAGGCUAACAGGACAGGACACAGACCAGUUGACCUCCCACUGCCCCAGGCUAACAGGACAGGACACAGACCAGUUGACCUCCCACUGCCCCAGGCUAACAGGACAGGACACAGACCAGUUGACCUCCCACUGCCCCAGGCUAACAGGACAGGACACAGACCAGUUGACUUCCCACUGCCACAGGCUAAAAGGCUAACAGACUAGCAGGAUAGGACAGGACACAGCCAAGCUGGCUUCCCCCGCGCCAGGCUAACAGGCCAAAAGGCUAACAGGAUAGGACAGGACACAGUCCAGUUGGCUUCCCACUGUCCCAGGCUAACAGGAUAGGACAGGACACAGUCCAGUUGGCUUCCCACCGCCCCAGGCUAACAGGUUAGGACAGGACACAGUCCAGUUGGCUUCCCUCCGUCCCAGGCUAACAGGCUAGGACAGGACACAGUCCAGUUGGCAUCCCACCGUCCCAGGCUAACAGGCUAAAAGGCUCACAGGACAGGACACAGUUGGCUUCCCACCGUCCCAGGCUAACAGGCUAAAAGGCUCACAGGACAGGACACAGUUGGCUUCCCACCGCCCCAGGCUAACAGGACAGGACACAGUCCAGUUGGCUUCCCACUGUCCCAGGCUAACAGGCUAACAGGACAGGACACAGUCCAGUUGGCUUCCCACCGCCCCAGGCUAACAGGUUAGGACACAGACCAGUUGGCUUCCCACCGCCCCAGGCUAACAGGUUAGGACAGGACACAAUCCAGUUGGCUUCCCACUGUCCCAGGCUAACAGGUUAGGACAGGACACAGUCCAGUUGGCUUCCCACCGCCCCAGGGUAACAGGCUAGGACAGGACACAAUCCAAUUGGCUUCCCACCGCCCCAGGCUAACAGGCUAACAGGCUAGGACAGGACACAGUUCAGUUGGCUUCCCACCGCCCCAGGCUAACAGGUUAGGACAGGACACAGUCCAGUUGGCUUCCCACCGCCCCAGGCUAACAGGCUAGGACAGGACACAGUCCAGUUGGCUUCCCACCGCCCCAGGCUAACAGGCUAGGACAGGACACAGUCCAGUUGGCUUCCCACCGCCCCAGGCUAACAGGCUAGGACAGGACACAGUCCAGUUGGCUUCCCACCGCCCCAGGCUAACAGGCUAGGACAGGACACAGUCCAGUUGGCUUCCCACCGCCCCAGGCUAACAGGCUAGGACAGGACACAGUCCAGUUGGCUUCCCACCGCCCCAGGCUAACAGGCUAAAAGGCUAACACUACAAGGCUAAAAUUAUUUGAAGACAAGAGGGACUGUUCUCCUCAACCCAGAUGUCUGCAUAACUGAAAGCUGUUAAUCAGCUACUCAAUAUCUUGUUCACCUCCAUUGACAACAAGGAAUCUCAUCUAGAAGAUUCUAAGAACCGUAGGACCGUAGUCUCUCAUUGCAUAUAUAUGUGGUAAAGAGGUCAAUGGAACUCUAACAAAACAAUGGAAAUGCCAUGGAAACGUGUGGGGGAAAGAUCCAGAUUCUCCUCAUUGCCCCCGAGCAACAUUAGCCUACGUUUAGGCUAUUGUUUCACACUCUGUUGAGGUAGAAAUCGAAGUCAACCCCAAUAUAUGUUCAUUUCAUCGUCACCAAUCAGCUGCGUUAAAGUUGAAAACUACUUUGACUACCACUACCAAUUUCUGUAUGCUAGCUAUGCUACCAGCUUAUACGAAUGGGAGUUACUAUUAUUCACUUUGAUAGAUCAGAUUGGUUUGAAUGUGCACCAAUCCAGCGUCCUUCAAUCCCCCCCCACCCCCUGUCUGCAUUCCAUUGACCUCUUUACCAGAACAUUCUAGAAUGUGUCUAAUUAAAAUGUCUACCUGCUUUCCCUCAACCAUUACAUAUAGCUUUUCUCUAGCUGUCGACAGAGUGGAUAACCAACCAUGUUAUUUUCUUCCAUUAUUUACAUCACUUCAUCAAUGGUAUGGACCGAUCAAGUAUCACAUCACGUCAGAUGUCCUUUUGCUUCAAGUUUGAGCAUUUCAAAUACCUUUCCAAUGGACUGAGAUUUAGAUUGACUGAGAAGUGUCACUGUCAAACCCUCCCUGACUAUAGCUCCCGGGUUGUGUCUUAUUUUGACAUUGCAAUUGUGUUAUUGUUAUUGUAACAUUAGAGCUGUUGAUGAAUACAACUAUACCAUUCUAUAUUUAUAAUGAGAAGAAGUGAUUUGUCUCUCUAAGGAUAUACUAUGUGAUCAUUAUUGAUCCUCAGGGCAGCCAUUACUCAUUACAAUACUCUGUUUAGUAGCUACUCUAUGCCACAGAAUAGGGAAAUAAGGUUUAUAGACUGCCCCCUCGGGUUUGAUGAGCAAUAUGAGUCCAAUUUCAGACCACAGACCCAAGGAGUUGAACCUCUUUACAUUUUAAUGCCUUAAAUAGUUUCACUGCUUCCAUCCAUGUCGUUAUUCGACUACUUUGGACUGUGAGUAAUAGUUUCACUGCUUCCAUCCAUGUCGUUAUUCGACUACUUUGGACUGUGAGUAAUAGUUUCACUGCUUCCAUCCAUGUCGUUAUUCGACUACUUUGGACUGUGAGUAAUAGUUUCACUGCUUCCAUCCAUGUCGUUAUUCGACUACUUUGGACUGUGAGUAAUAGUUUCACUGCUUCCAUCCAUGUCGUUAUUCGACUACUUUGGACUGUGAGUAAUAGUUUCACUGCUUCCAUCCAUGUCGUUAAUCGACUACUUUGGACUGUGAGUAAUAGUUUCACUGCUUCCAUCCAUGUCGUUAUUCGACUACUUUGGACUGUAAGUAAUAGUUUCACUGCUUCCAUCCAUGUCGUUAUUCGACUACUUUGGACUGUGAGUAAUAGUUUCACUGCUUCCAUCCAUGUCGUUAUUCGACUACUUUGGACUGUGAGUAAUAGUUUCACUGCUUCCAUCCAUGUCGUUAUUCGACUACUUUGGACUGUAAGUAAUAGUUUCACUGCUUCCAUCCAUGUCGUUAAUCGACUACUUUGGACUGUGAGUAAUAGUUUCACUGCUUCCAUCCAUGUCGUUAUUCGACUACUUUGGACUGUGAGUAAUAGUUUCACUGCUUCCAUCCAUGUCGUUAAUCGACUACUUUGGACUGUGAGUAAUAGUUUCACUGCUUCCAUCCAUGUCGUUAUUCGACUACUUUGGA